AUGAAAUUCCUUACAACCAAUUUUGUCAAAUGUGCAGUGAAAGGAUGUCAAUCAUCUACAGAAUCAUUCCCAUUAAAAUAUGAAGAAUGUCAAUUAGUACAGGAAGAACAAGAGUUUAAACCAGUAUUCAUAACACAUAUGUUAGAUAAAUUAGAUUGGGAUGCAAUAAUAUCAGUAGCAAAAGAUUUGGGGAAUGAAUCAUUACCUCCAACAAAACCUGAAGGAUUAGAUCCGAUAAUGGAAGACGAUCAAAUAAUAUUAAAAGAUUUACAUACAUUAUUAAUAGAAACUCAAAUUGUGGAAGGUAAAAUGAUUUGUAAAAAUUGUCAACAUAUUUAUCAUAUCAAGAAUUCAAUACCUAAUUUUCUAUUACCACCUCAUCUUGCAAAUUAA